AUGAUCCAAAAAUUACUACAUCCAUCAUCGACAACGGCAUGGUGGGAAAUCGCAGAUACUCCAAACAAAUCUCAGGUAUUUCAAAAACCAGAGCCCAUCCGAUCGAGACAGCUUUUUCAGCGUUCGUUAUCAACUUUGCCAGAUUUCUCAAUUGAAAAAGACCCGACAGAUCGCUCAACAUUACUUACUGUUAUUUUGCCUCGUUCUCCAACCAAUUUUGGCCAAUUUAUCGCUAAAGUUGUUGACAUUUCACCAGUCGUAGAUCUAUCAGAACGCGAUAUCAACAGGACAUUUUUAGCAUCACCAUCAGAUUUCAAGACUAUCAACAUUCACGGCCUUCAUCCUGGCCAUCAAUACAGUAUAUCAGUGAUUGGUAGGCGAAAAGGUGAAUCGGAACUGAUCAAGGAAGAAAGAGUGAUAACAGACCCAAUAGCACCAGAUUUCGCCUCCCGUAAUGCAACCAUCCUUUCCUUUCACACUAAUAUUACUCUACGAGCAUUGAAACCUGAAAAAGCCCUACAGGAUAGCUACCAAAUAUCUUAUAUACAACUUGAUCCGUUGCGAUAUUUUCCAAAACUUGAAAUUAAUGAUAUUCCGGAACAAAGGUAUAUAGAAAUUUAUCUUGGGAAUCUAAUGCCUGGACAAGAUUAUAAUGUUUCUAUUACGCCACAAAUAAAGAAUGUCGAAGGUCGACCGUGGAAUGGAAUCCUAACAACAAAGCCUUAUUCUCCAGAAAAUUUAGCAGUAGCAGAACUCAAUGCUACAUGUGUACGGCUUUCAUGGUUCUUAACAUCAAGAACAGGGGCUGAUUCAAUUUCGAUCAGUUAUCGACUUAAUAGGAUCAGUACUUCGUUGAUGGAGGUGACAGUACAAAGUAACCAAAGAUUAGUCGAAAUAUGUAAUGGUCUACAACCCGGACGAACGUAUAUGUUCAUUGCAAGAACGAAAAAAAGCAGUGAAACAUCGGAAGGUAUCAAACUAAUAUAUACGAUGAAGCCAAAAGUACCUGAAAAUUUGAAAAUUUUAAUGGAUUAUGAGAAGCGGAAAUUCAGAUUGAUUAUGGACAUAGCAUCAGAAUCUGAAAGUCACAUAGAGAAAUGUUUUGUAAGUUUGGUGAAUGAAAAACUAGACGUUAUUGAAAGAACAUCAGCUGUUGACAAUUCGAAAAGUACCUCACCUGCCAGACAAUGUUCAAUCUACGUGGAUCUACAUCCUGGCCAACGUUAUGAAGUUUCUGCAAAAACAAUUAGCGAAAACACAUCGAGUAAUGUCAUCUCCAAAAGUUUUGCCUUACAACCAGCUUUUGAUAUGGAAACCUUUGGACUGCAGCUAUCAGAAUCUGACGGUACUUUGAUAUUAAAAUGGCCCGUAGCCGAGAUGGCUCGAGCACGAUUAGAUGAUGUUUGGGAAAAUAUUGUUGGUUCUGACAGCACGCUGCAUUUGCGCGUUGAUCCACUAAGUAAGUCAAUCAGUGGCACGUGGCAAGAGCAGUCAAAACGCUUUGAGCGAAAACAAUAUGAACGUGAUCCCUUAAUUGUUCCAAAGUUAAGACGUGGUUCUUGCUAUAAGGUAAGAUGA